UUAAUUUUCUAUUUCGUUCGUCCACAAAAUAUCUUCCCCGAAAUCAUUAACUAUCAUCACUUUUCUUAAAAUUCGUCUCCGCGCCUACUAUAUAUAGACAUGCAUGCCUCGAGAGCAAUGCAAGCAUCAAUCAAUCAAGCAUGGCUUCCCUUCAAUCUUCAUUCAUGGUGGUGGCAACCACCAGCAACCCCAACCUCCGCACCUCCUCCCAGCUCGCCAGCAGGCCGAGGCGCCGCUUUGAGGUGUCGUGCAGCAGUGACGGCGGCCGUGUAGACCGCAGAAACAUGCUGUUUGGACUGGGCGGUCUGUACGGCGCAAGCGGCCUCAUCCGCAAAGCUGAGGCGCUUCCGAUUUCACCUCCUGACCUGAGCAAGUGCGACCCCAAAGGUGCCUAUACUGUUAAAAAUGAGGAGAAAAAAGACCUCCCCGACAACUGCUGCCCGCCCUACUCGGACACCAAGAAAGGGUACUACGAGCUUCCGACGUUCACAGAGAUGCGCAGGAGGCCAGCGGCGCACAAUCUAACACCGGAUUACAUAAAAAAGUACGAGAAUGCCAUCCAGGAGAUGAGGAAGCUGGACGUGACGGACCCCGACGAUCCCCGUGGCUUCCUUCAGCAGGCCAACAUCCACUGCGCUUACUGCAACGGCCCCUACGACCAGGUGGGCCACCCCGGCAUCGAUAUCCAGGUUCACAACUCAUGGCUCUUCUUCCCUUUCCACAGGUGGUACCUGUAUUUCUACGAGAGGAUCAUGGGGGAACUCAUCGGAGAUCCCAAUUUCGCCUUGCCUUACUGGAACUGGGACAACCCUGACGGCAUGCAGAUGCCCUUGAUGUUCGACAGGGAAGAAUCACCUCUCUACGACAUCGAACGCGACCAAACGCAUCGCCCCCCUGCCGUCGUUAGUCUUGCCUUAUCCGCGGCCUCAAUCACCGACCCUGUACAGCUUAAGUGCAAUAAUCUCACUCAGAUGUACAAGGAAAUGAUUGGUGACGUGGAAUCCGCCAUCGACUUCAUGGGCGAUCCUUACGUGGAUGGUGAAAGUCCCCCAAAAUUCUCCGACGGAGGAUCGGCAGAGCGCGGCGCACACACCGGCAUCCACGUCUGGACCGGAAACCCCAAAAACGACUUCAGCGAAGAUAUGGGGAACUUCUACUCCGCCGGAAGAGACCCUCUCUUCUACGCACAUCACUCUAACGUCGACAGAAUGUGGACCAUAUGGAAAACCCUCCCAUGCGCUUUCACAAAGGAUAUCAACGACCAGGUCGUCCCCAACCCCGACGAUUUCAACAACGCGUCGUUCCUGUUCUACGACGAGAAAAAGAACCUCGUGCGCGUCAAGGUCGCCGACUGCUUGGAACACACCAAAAUGGGAUACGAGUAUGAAGAUAGCCCUACUCCAUGGAAGACCUACCGGCCAACUCAGCGGCAGAAGCCGGUCAAUGCCAAAGUUCUCGCCAAGACGGCAGAGACCGGAGGCAAAGUGUUCCCUCUCACUCUCGCUAAGACUCGCAAAGUUGUGGCGCCCAAACCAACCAAAGGCAAAGCCGACGAAGUGCUCGUGCUGGAGAACAUAACCAGCGAUAGUUCCAAGCUGGUGAGUUUUAAUGUGUUCGUGAAUGAUGCAGACGACACGCCACAGAAACUCGACAGGGCCGAGUAUGCCGGGUGCUUCACGCAGAUUCCGCACACCGUUAGGGCAAAGGAAAGACCCAGCAACCUUCGGUUGAACUUGAGGGAACUCUAUGAGAACAUUAAUAUUGGUGAUGAUGAUUUCAUUGUGGUCACCAUCGUUCCCCAAGUUAAUGGCGGCGAAGUUACCAUCGGUGGUAUUAAGAUCAUCCCGCGUGUUCCCGCUUGAUCUGCAUCACCAUGUUUGGGAUUUGUCGACCUAUAAGUCUUUUUUCUUAAAUUUCGAAUAACCGUGCAUGUUCGUACGUGCUCCUUCUGACUACAUUUCUUUUAGAGGAAAGUCUUUCUAUUCUA